AUGAAUGGAGCAAAACCCGGGAUUGACUCCAUCGUGGGCUCGGCCGUCUUCAACAUCCUGUUUGUGAUCGGCAUGUGUGCCCUGUUUUCCCGGGAGAUGCUGCACCUGACCUGGUGGCCUCUCUUCAGGGACGUGUCCUUCUACAUCCUGGACCUGGUGAUGCUCAUCGUCUUCUUCUUGGACAAUGUGAUCGUGUGGUGGGAGAGCCUGAUGCUGGUGGGGGGCUACACUCUCUACGUGGUCUUCAUGAAGUACAAUGUGCAGAUAGAGAGGUUUGUCAAGACGCUGCUGCUCAAACACAGAAGCACCGUCAUCGCCAUGAACGAACACAGAAAGGAAACGGCUGCAGACGGAUCAGACGAAGCCUCCAGGAACCACAACGGCAGCCACAAGGACCUGAGGCGAGCCAACUCUCAGCAGGAGGAGCCCAGCGAGUCCCAGGAGGAGGCGGCACAGGAGAACCGGCCCCUGAGUCUGCACUGGCCCCAGAGCAACUGUGGCCGAGGACUUUACCUGCUGCGGCUGCCGGCUCUGCUCCCACUGUGGCUCUCGCUGCCGGACGUCCGAAAACAGGAAUCCCGGAAGUACGUUGUGCUGACGCUGCUGGGGUCGCUGCUGUGGAUGAGUCUCUUCUUGUACCUGUGGACCUGGUGGGCGCAUACGGUGGCAGAGACUGUGUUUGUCCCGGAGCACAUCAUGGAUCAGCUGUUUGCUCACGUGAACCUCCCUGUGCUCCUCACGGCUCUGAUCGUGGCUCGCAGAGGUCGCAGCGACAUGGCCACCUCCGUCUCUUUGGGAAGCAACAUCUAUGAAGUCACACUGGGACUGCCUCUGUCCUGGCUGGCCUUCUCUGCCGUCCAUGGCUGGGCCCUCCUGGACAUCAGCAGCACUGGACUGUCGUGUUCGGUCUCGUUGUUCUUCCUCUCGCUCCUCGUGGUCUUCCUCACCUUGGCCUCCUGUAAGCUGCAGGUCAAACGGCUGCUGGGCUUCUCCUUCGUGCUGCUCUACGGCCUCACCUUUUUACUGAGCGUGAUGCUGAAGAGCCACGACGGGUUCAGGGCCUAUUGUCAAAGCCUCAAUGCCUGA